GACGAUCAUAACGGGUUGGAAAUGGAGAUGUAUAGUAAUCUAAAAGAGCAAUAAGCGAAGCUAUUUGGUGGUUUGUCACAUUUUAGGUCAUUUUAGGUUCCGUUGUGCAGCGGUGACAUCAGCAAACUCAGCCGCGGGGUCGAAUUUCAAUUCCAACAGACAGUCAUUGUGAUUUGACGUUUCAGCGAUUUCGCUCUCGCCUACCAUAACAGUGCACGUGUCUCACGGGUUAUUUCCCUACACCCGAUAUCAGGUCAUCUCUGUUUUCUGAGAAUCAGCAGAGGAUCCCGAGUGCCUACAAUCAAUUAAUCACUCUGCACGAGUUGCCCCUCACAGGACGGGUGUAGCAGAAAUGUCCAAUGAAGGCACCCGAUAAAGACCAAUUAGCUCCACUUCUAAUUUUUUUGUUACGGUCAACUUGGAUAAUUCGUCUUAUUUGCUAUUCGAUUAUUGGGUUACACCAUGCCCCGGCGAUAUCGUGCCCGUGAGUAUGACGAGGACAUGUACGAAGUUGAACGGGACCAUCAUCAUCGUAAAUACCAACAUCGACCGCGAGGUGGACGCCAUUACAAGGAGGAAGCACUCUACGAACAACCUCGAGCUCCCAGUCCCCCACUAGUCGAGGAGUUUGAUCGUCUUCGCGUUCGAGACAAUGCAGGGCUUGAAUUGACCCGCGAACCUCCUCGUGAGACAUCGAGAGAGCUCCGGAAGGUUAGGGAUGAUACUUUCAAACGUCGUCGACCACCUCGGAGAGAAGUCGUGGAGGAAGAAGAAUAUAUCUCCCAAGAUGAAGAGUUGACAAGGAGGAUGACGGGAAGCGAGUCCGAAGACGAAGCUCCCAUCAUCCCGAAGAGACGUUCCGCCGCGCGGCGCGGCGACGUACGCGAUGAGCUCUCGAAACCGAGAAGCCGUCGUUCGGAAUAUGAGCGGGAGUUACCGCCCAGUGUCGAUGAAAUGAAGCACGAAUACAGGAAAACCCGCAGUGGCCCUCACUAUCAUGCACCGCCGCGGCUACGGCCUGAGUCUAGCCCUAACACAGACGUAGAGGAGGAUGAUUAUGAAGAGGAAGAAGAUGAUAUUUUAGUUCGGAGAAAUAGGCGGCGACGUCCUCCAAGAAAGGCUGACCUCCAUGAAGACGACGACAGCACGUCAUCCCCUGAAUCAGAAGACUCUGCGGAUGUUUCUCUCGUUCGGGCGCCUAUUCACCGAAGCCCAGCGAAGCGACAUGUACACGAUCCAGAAGAUUAUGAUCUCUCCCGACCACCUCGUCCGCCCCGCGCACCUAGUCCCGAAGUCAGCUUUGAGAAGCCCAAGAGGAAAGAGUUGAGACCGGCAUCUCAUGGAGAGAUAGUCGUUGAAGAACGUGGUGGACCAGAGCUUCCUAAUAUAGUACGCGGCCCACCUCCGGAGCCUUUUCUUCGGCAGAGGCAGGAAGAAUAUCCGAUUCCCCAAUCUCGAUCAAAGUCUAUCGAACGUGAGAAGGAAAUAUCCAUCCAUGAAGUAAUGCCAGGAGGAUUCGAUGAGCAUGAAGUACUAGAAGAGGUCUAUGGCAGACCUCGUGAGCUCGAGAGGUCUUUACGAGAAACCACUCCUAAAAUGGCCGGAGACGAUUGGGCAAUUAUUUCUGCAGCCCCCAAGACAGAGCGGGAGGCAUUGCAAGAUGAAAUUUGUCACGGGCCCAGAGAUCCAGCCCUUAAAGACAAAAAGCCCAAGUUUACUGUAAGUGAAGAAAGACAUUCGGAAAGCGACCCAGAUUUUGCACGGGGCAAAGUGGGCCGGCGAUACAUUGGUAUGAAAGAUCAACGAAAUGGGCUCUGGACGGAGAUCACCAAGGACCUUGUAGUGAAGGAAGCAAUUGAACGAUCUGGGUUUGAAUACGAGGAGACAGUAUCUUCCUAUUACGUGUUUUCAUACCUUCAAUUCGAAGAUGUUUCUGCUCUUGUUGACUUGUCGGAAGACAUUCGCCGCGCACGUCGUCGACGAAUCCAAGAAAUUCACCGUGAAAGGAGCUCCAUGCCUCCCCCAGCGCCUCCACCACCACCAGCGGCAAUGCCAGGGGAACCGCCAUUGAUGUUGGACAGACCGAUGUCUCCCCCCUUCCGGCCUCGUGAAGAGCGACGGAUGAAACAACGUGAGCUGGUUGAUGACAGACGUGGGAGACCUCGCUCGGGAAGGUGGUGAUAUACUUAUCUGAUCUCCCGGCGGGCUUGUUUCAAAAUAGCAAGCAUUGCGUUGAAUUUCCUUGAUCUACAGCUAUCAUGAUUAAACGACACGACAGAGAGUAAUACUCUAAAUUUGCUGGAACAAGUAUUUAGAUAUUGUUACUCUGCCUUCAAGGAGACCCACGAGACAUGACUUAUGAAAACAAAUAUGAGAUUUUGAGCCCGUAUCACGUUUCUCUGAGCGAGGCCAUUCUCAACACAGAUCCUAUAUUAUGAGCUUUUGUAGAGCACACUGGAGGUCGGUGCCAUCAUCUCUUUAUGGGGGCAGUCUGCCUAACGUGAUCGGUAAGCGAGCGACGCAUGUAAGCGGGUGACGCAGCUCUGUAUUCCAUACAAAUCAGCCCUUUUUGCUACUUGGAUAUCUCAGCAACCAGAGAUUGCAAAGAUAUGAUAUUUUAUAUAUAAUAUAUUAUAGGGUAAAAAAGGCUUUAAAUAUU